GAACUUGGAGCCUGGCGGCGGGAUGCGGCGGCGGCCGCUUCCUGGUUCUGCGCUCGCCGACUGGGGGAGAGCGUGAGCCGGCGGAGGCGGGGCCGCGGCCGGCCGCGGGAGGCGGGGAGGAGAGUCUCGCGGCUGGAGCUAACCGGACGGGUCGCGCCGGCUCUCGGCCGAGAGGCGCUUCCCGGCCCUGGGAAAGGGGCGAGUCUCGCGCUCGGGCGGCCGGAUCGGGCUCCCCUCCCUCCCCGGGCCGCGGCGGGCUCGGCAGCCGGCUCCCCUCCUUUCCACCUCGCGACGGAGAGGGUGGGAGGGAAGGAGGGGAGGAGAAGGUCCCUCCCGCGGGGAGGAGGGAGAAUGGCCGGUCGAGGGGGGCCGGGGGGCCGCGUUUCCCGGGAGCCGCGUCCACUCGUGCGGCUGCCGCGCGGGCUGGUCUGAGCGGGGCUCCACGCGCUCCCCCCCCCCCCCCCGCUCCCAACCGCGAGCCCGGCACCUCCGGGGGGAGGCCCCCCCCAGCCCGGCAUCGGCAUGUCGUCCGGCACGAUGAAGUUCAAUGGCUACUUGAGGGUCCGCAUCGGCGAGGCGGUGGGGCUGCAGCCCACCCGCUGGUCCCUGCGCCACUCGCUCUUCAAGAAGGGCUACCAGCUGCUGGACCCCUACCUGACGGUGAGCGUGGACCAGGUGCGCGUGGGCCAGACCAGCACCAAGCAGAAGACCAACAAGCCCACGUACAACGAGGAGUUCUGCGCCAAUGUCACCGACGGCGGCCACCUGGAGCUGGCCGUCUUCCACGAGACGCCCCUGGGUUAUGACCACUUCGUGGCCAACUGCACCCUGCAGUUCCAGGAGCUGCUGCGCACGGCCGGCGCUUCGGACACCUUCGAGGGCUGGGUGGAUCUGGAGCCAGAGGGAAAAGUAUAUGUGGUAAUCACCCUGACAGGGAGUUUCACUGAAGCCACGCUCCAGAGAGACCGCAUCUUCAAGCAUUUUACCAGGAAACGCCAAAGGGCUAUGCGAAGGCGGGUCCACCAGAUCAAUGGACACAAGUUUAUGGCCACGUACCUGAGGCAGCCUACCUACUGCUCCCACUGCAGGGAGUUCAUCUGGGGUGUAUUUGGGAAACAAGGCUAUCAAUGUCAAGUGUGCACCUGUGUUGUCCAUAAGCGCUGCCACCAUCUGAUUGUUACAGCCUGUACUUGCCAAAACAAUAUUAAUAAAGUGGAUUCAAAGCUUGCUGAACAGAGGUUUGGAAUCAAUAUUCCACACAAGUUCAACACCCACAACUACAAAGUGCCAACGUUUUGCGAUCAUUGUGGCUCCCUGCUGUGGGGCAUCAUGCGGCAGGGACUUCAGUGUAAAAUUUGUAAGAUGAAUGUGCACAUUCGCUGCCAGGCAAAUGUGGCCCCAAACUGUGGAGUAAAUGCGGUGGAGCUGGCCAAGACGCUAGCGGGCAUGGGUCUUCAACCCGGAAAUAUUUCUCCGACUUCGAAGCUUGUUUCCAGAUCGACACUAAGACGUCAGGGGAAAGACAGCACCAAAGAAGGAAAUGGGGUUGGUGGGAAUUCUUCUAAUCGACUUGGGAUCGACAACUUUGAGUUCAUCCGAGUGUUGGGGAAGGGGAGCUUCGGGAAGGUGAUGCUUGCCAGGAUAAAGGAAACAGGAGACCUCUAUGCCGUGAAGGUGCUAAAGAAGGAUGUGAUCCUGCAGGAUGAUGAUGUGGAGUGCACGAUGACAGAGAAAAGGAUCCUCUCAUUGGCCCGCAACCACCCCUUCCUCACCCAGCUUUUCUGUUGCUUCCAGACCCCUGAUCGUCUUUUUUUUGUGAUGGAGUUUGUGAAUGGGGGCGACUUGAUGUUUCACAUCCAGAAGUCACGACGGUUUGAUGAAGCACGAGCCCGUUUUUAUGCUGCAGAAAUCAUAUCAGCGCUCAUGUUUCUCCACGAGAAAGGAAUCAUCUACAGAGACCUGAAACUCGACAAUGUGCUGUUGGACCAUGAAGGUCACUGCAAACUGGCUGACUUUGGAAUGUGCAAGGAGGGGAUCUGUAAUGGAGUCACCACGGCAACUUUUUGUGGCACGCCUGACUAUAUUGCUCCAGAGAUUCUCCAGGAGAUGCUCUAUGGACCCGCAGUAGACUGGUGGGCAAUGGGUGUGCUGCUCUAUGAGAUGCUGUGUGGCCAUGCUCCCUUUGAGGCAGAGAACGAAGAUGACCUCUUUGAAGCCAUUCUCAACGAUGAAGUGGUGUACCCCACAUGGCUGCACGAAGAUGCUACCGGGAUCCUACGGUCGUUUAUGACCAAGAACCCUACCAUGCGCUUGGGCAGCCUGGCUCAAGGUGGUGAACAUGCCAUCUUGAGACAUCCUUUCUUCAAGGAAAUUGACUGGACCCAACUGAACCACCGCCAACUGGAACCACCUUUCAGACCCAGAAUCAAAUCCCGAGAAGAUGUCAGUAAUUUUGAUCCAGACUUCAUAAAAGAAGAGCCAGUUUUAACUCCAAUUGAUGAGGGACAUCUUCCUAUGAUUAACCAGGAUGAGUUUAGAAACUUUUCCUUUGUGUCUCCAGAAUUACAGCCAUAGCCUUAUGGAGAAUGAGAGUGAUGGUAUGAGCAUCAAAAAGAUAUAGUGAUUUUCCAGAAAAUGCUUUGAGGGGGCGUUCCCCCUAGCAUCGGCCUUAGAACAAGAACCAUUCCCUCAGGCAGACCAGGAGGAGAACUCUGUGAAGGAUGGAUCUACAAGAGAUCGAUUAUUCAAGUCCUGAGGGUGCUGUGGUACUGGAGGUAGUUGAUACACAAGAAAUCUUUCUUGAAGAAAUUAAAACUCAACAAAUGAGUGUCCGUGCCUGUUUCUGGCUAAGGAUAUUAACAGGAGCCCAAAGGAAAGACUGUUUGAAGAAAGAAAAAAAAAACUAGAUCCUAGAAAUUCUGAGCCAAACAGUCUUUUUACAUCAAGAGACUUGGCAAGACUUUGUAUGGAGUGCCCCAAGCUCCUCUUUAAAACAAUGGACCCCAGUACAGCCGUCAUACUGCGAAAGUCUUUAAAUGCAAAUGAAGAAUUUAAAGAUAAGAAAAUUAAUGGCUUGCCAAAUAGAUCAUUUACUCCCAAGAAACAAAGGAAAAAUGGAAUUCAUAAAACACACAACUUAAGGCCCAAUCUUGAAAACCAUAUGUUGGCCACCAAGACUCACUGUUCCAGCUGACUAUCUUAUUCUUAUUUUCAUUUAAAGAUAUUUAUUGACUGCCCAGUGAGAAGGUGCCACAAAAUCUACUGUAAACAGUCAUGUUCGCAGCCCUUUUAUCCUGUUCAUUUACCCAGAUGGUGUUCAUUUACCCAGAUGGUGUCUACAUUCUACGAGAUGCCUCUUCAUUCUCCCCAUGCUGUAGUUUUUUGUCUGCACAUAACUCUUUUUUUCACAGAAGGUGUAACUGUCACAGUAACUGCCACACACUCAGCAGGUGACCUUGAGGUGCUUAUCCCCUGAUGAACUGUGGGGUCUCCUCAUAGGGUGUCAGUAUUGCUCUAGACUCAGCAGUCAAGAACCACAUAUAACUUGUGUCAAUGACCCAACUUCCAGCUUUUACAUUAGCAGUUUAUUUAAGUUAUAUUUUAAUAGACAUAUGUUUGGUAUACAUUUUAAGAGUUAGGAACUGUUCUGGCAAACAAGACAUGUAUCAAGAACUAUAGUAUGUACUUAUAUAUGCAGAUGGAGAAUGUUAUCUGAUUGGUAAUAAAUACAUUUUGUAGCAAAAGGAAACUUUUUUUGUCUGUAAGGAUUUGUUCCAUCCUCAUUGGUAAAACAAAGUAAAUACCUAAUUAAAAUAAAAGGUUUGA